AUGGAAGAGACCCGCGUCAAUCUGCUUGAGUAUCUCCGGUCAAAGACUCAGGUCGACCUCGACACCUUCGAUAUAACAGGUAUUUCGUUCCCCCGACUACUAGAGCAUACCUUAAACCUUGAAACAGUUGCCGCGGGCCUCCAUGAUCAGUUCCCGGAGGUUACCUUUGAUGAACUAGGCGUGGAAGUCGGGGCGGUCCUUCUUGCAGGAGAAAUGGUCCCAGCUUUCACCGGUAAUCUCCAUCUCAUGGUCAAUCCAAGCUACGCUUACUCCAGGGAGAAGGUUAUCGAGGCCGCAAAGAGCACGCCCUCCCCCAUCUCGCUAUACCCAGUUCUCCCUGCGACGUGGGAAGGACUCCAGGCAUGCCGUGACCUGCAAGCUUUCAAGAUCAAAACGCUGGGAACUACGCUCUUCUCCAUGGAGCAGGCCAUACUAGCUGGAGAGGCAGGCUGCGUAUCUAUUUCACCAUUUGUGCACAGUCUCAGGAUACUGGUUGAUCCCGAAUACAAAGACCCUCAUCCUGUGUACAACCUGAGCGCCCAAGCGCAGCGCUGGUAUAGGCGGCAGUCGCUGCCGACAAAGGUCAAAUCAUGCUCCACAGUGGGUGUGGAUGAACUUCUGGAACUUGCGGGGAUCGAUGCGCUCACCAUCAUCCCUGACGAUCUUAGAGCACUACAGUCGACCUAUCGGGAUGCGAACCAGGUUUUUAAACUGUCAAUAGUUGAGAAUGGAACUCAGAAUGACGACAAGAUCGAACAUAUUUCGUAUAUCAAUGACGAAGAAAAGUAUCGGGCUGACUUUCAGAAGGCAGAUGAGGGGAGAGCAAAGGCGAAAACGGCCGAGGCAAUUGACAUCUUCUGCGGCUUUCAGGCCAAGGCUGAAGAUGUCAUCCGGAAAGCGAAGGGUCAGUGA